CUUUGAGUUCAUGUGAUCAGUUCACGUGCUUUCAGGAGUAAAUAAAAGCUGAAAGGGGCCGUUUUUAACGCCCGAAUACUCUUUCGUACUCACGCUAGCCGGCUGAGGUUGGGGACCUGGAGCUGUGGAGCUGAUCAAAUUCAUCAACAGUUGAAAAACAAGCUACCGGCAAGAUGUGGCAUGCAGCCUUCCUCCUGUUGGCUGCCAGCUUGUCAGUGAGCCUGGCCAGACCCCACCUCCAUCCACUGUCUAAUGAGAUGGUCAACCACAUCAAUAAAUUGAAUACUACCUGGAAGGCUGGCCACAACUUCCAUAACGUCGAUUAUAGUUAUGUGCGCAAGCUGUGUGGUACAAUGCUGAAGGGACCCAAACUGCCAGUCAUGGUUCAGUAUGCUGGAGAUUUGAAGCUGCCAAAAGAUUUUGAUGCUAGACAGCAGUGGCCCAACUGUCCCACUCUGAAAGAGAUCAGAGACCAGGGCUCCUGUGGAUCCUGCUGGGCGUUUGGUGCUGCAGAGGCCAUCUCUGAUCGUGUAUGUAUUCACAGCAAUGGGAAGGUCAAUGUGGAGAUCUCCUCAGAGGAUCUGCUGACCUGCUGUGACAGCUGUGGCAUGGGAUGUAAUGGUGGCUAACCUUCAGCUGCCUGGGACUUCUGGUCAAGUGAAGGUCUGGUCUCUGGAGGUCUCUAUGAUUCCCACAUUGGCUGCAGGCCCUACACCAUCCCCCCCUGUGAGCACCAUGUGAAUGGCAGCAGACCUCCCUGUAGUGGGGAGGGUGGGGACACACCAGAGUGUGUCCGCCAGUGUGAGUCUGGAUACACACCAAGCUAUACACAGGACAAGCACUAUGGUAAAACAUCUUACAGCGUGCCAUCAGACGAACAGCAGAUUCAGUAUGAGAUCUACAAGAACGGCCCUGUAGAGGGAGCGUUUACAGUCUAUGAUGACUUUGUUCUGUACAAGACUGGUGUUUAUCAACAUGUGUCUGGUUCUGCUGUCGGUGGUCACGCCAUCAAGAUCCUGGGCUGGGGAGAGGAAAAUGGCACUCCCUACUGGCUCUGUGCCAACUCCUGGAACACUGAUUGGGGUGAUAAUGGAUACUUUAAAUUCCUGCGUGGUUCAGAUCACUGUGGUAUUGAAUCUGAGAUUGUGGCAGGGAUUCCCAAAUAAAAGCUAAGGUUUUCAGCUGUAGCAUCAUUACACUAUCACUAGAGGGCGAUGCACUCCACUGACCUGAAGACACAGCUGACAAAAUUAACUGCUUUUAGUCCUUUUUAGCUAAAGCUCGCUGAUCACUUUGCACACCGGCUUUAAAAACUAAAGCGAGGUGAAUUUGCAAAUGGGGUGUGACAGAAAUGUGAUGAACCUGAGGAAAAAGUGCUGGAGUUGAUGUUUUCACCUCUUAGACAGACAGGAGAAAUUUUAUU